UGUGUAACCAGCAUCCUGUAAUCGGGUCACAUUUCAGUGAAGCCUCAGCAUCCAUCUAUAGCUGUUAGGAGAAACAGCUCCUCUGACUCGCUGCUCUCUUGCGGAACCCUGGUGAAGGGAAAAUCAUGAUGCUCUUGUGUCUUUUCUCUCUUCUCCUCCCGAUCCUGGUGCUCUCGGGGUCUCCGGUUCAGGCGGACGGGAAGCGAGGUGGCAAAGAUGCGGCUGAGAAAAGCGGCAAUUUCAUGGAAGACGAGCAGUGGCUGGCCACCAUUUCCCAGUACAGUCGCAAGAUCAAACACUGGAACCGAUUCCGAGAUGAAGUAGAGGAUGAUUACAUCAGGUCAUGGGAUGAAAAUCAAGGUUCAAAUGAAAAUGUAGACACCACUAAAGACCCCUGCCAGAAGGUGAAGUGUAGCCCACACAAGGUGUGUGUUGCCCAAGGCUACCAGCGUGCUGUGUGUGUCAACCGCAAGAAGCUGGAGUACAGGCUGAAGCAUUCAAUGGUGGGUCAGCAGGAGAACAACUGUAAACCGUGUCCCAUGUCCUCCUCUGGGCCUGUGUGUGGUUCUGAUGGACACAACUAUGCUUCUCAGUGUAAGCUGCAGCAUCAGGCCUGUCUCACAGGAAAAGAACUGAGUAUGAAGUGCACUGGUCCCUGCCCAUGUUCCAUUACAGCUAUGCCAAGUACAGUGACAGACAGUAAACGUGACAGUUGUACAGGCCAGGACCUUGCAGAUUUGGGUGAUCGUCUGCGGGACUGGUUCCAGCUGCUUCAGGGCAACGCCAAGCAGAACAACACACGCAAGCCUGCUGCAGCCACCUCAGCAUCAAUUUUGGACCGCACUCUAGUGGCAACCUGUAAGGAUUCCAUUGGAUGGAUGUUUUCAAAGUUGGACACUAAUAACGACCUCUAUCUGGACCAGACUGAGCUGGCUGCUAUUAACCUGGACAAAUAUGAAGUGUGUAUCAGGCCCUUCUUCAAUUCCUGCGAUUCUUACCGUGAUGGCAAAGUCUCCACCGCUGAAUGGUGCCUCUGCUUCUGGAGAGAGAAGCCUCCCUGCUUGGCAGAGUUAGAGAGGAUCCAAAUGCAGGAAGGAGCCAAAAAGAAGCCAGGUACAUAUAUCCCCAGCUGUGAUGAGGAUGGAUAUUAUAGGAAGCUGCAAUGUGACCAAAGCAAGGGGGAGUGCUGGUGUGUAGACCAGCAUGGAGAAGAGUUAAUGGGCUCCAGAAUCCAUGGCAACACUGACUGUGAUGAGGUGGCUGGCUACUCGGGGGAUUUUGGAAGUGGUGUGGGAUGGGAGGAUGAGGAGGAGAAAGAAGCAGAGGACACCGGAGAAGAGGCUGAAGAAGAGGAGGAGGAGAUGGGGGAAAUGGAUGAUGGUGGUUAUAUCUGGUAAACCAAAAUGAAAUGGUUGCCUGGUCAAGCGAGCUUUACUUUGACCACUGAUUCAGAGGCAGCUCCAUCUCUUGCUGACAAAAAAAUGGUGGAAACUGAAUGGUUGGACAUCUCUACACUGCACUCCAAACAGCAUUGGCCAUGGUUGGGGGGGGGUCGAGUUGUGAUGAGUGUAGUAAAAUAAUUGGUAUGGCAAAGAGUUUUUAAAAAAAGAUCUUAUAUAUACACUUGUGAAUUUUUUUUUUGUUGUAUGUUCAAGAUUGUGAUCUUCAGAUAAAGUCAAUAGCAUCAGCAACCAUAAGCUGGAAACUAGGUAAUUGAUAACUGGACAUUUUCUGUUUAGAUGAACUGGAGCUUUGCAAAUGCUAUACUGCGUGCUUCAUCUCACCACUUGACACGUUAUUCUUAUGCAAGAAGCAUACAUUGAAUGCACAAUAUAUAUUUUUAAAUGUUACCAUUUAGCCCCAGACUUUUAUGGUAGCAUUUAGAUGGAAACUAGACAGACAGACCUUAAGCGAGAAUAAACGAAUGACUGAAUUUUGAAACUGAGCUUUGGUGAACAUUCACAGGUUUACCCAACUCUGUAUAGUUUUACAAAUUCAAACAUGCUCUGAUAACUAGACACAACUCUGAUUCAUUAUCAGACUACCAAGAGUUUCUGUCAUUUAAAGAUACAGCACGUCCCGUUGUCUAUCAUUUGUGCAAAAUUAUUUCAUUUUUCGUCGGUCAGAUAAAAAAAAAGAAAAAGAAAGGCCAUGCUUCGCAUAUUCCUUACAAUAUUCUGCACUUAUGUCCUUUCACACAGUUAUUCAAUUGAAGGCAUUUUUAUUGCAUUUGAGCAAAUAACUGAUGUCCUAAAAGUGGAUAUAAUGUGGGUUGUGAAGCACUGUUUCUUGAAACUUCCGACAUUUUCCGAACUCAGCAACUUUUUUUUUUUCCUUUUGUAAAAUUAUGCUGUUUUACAUGUCAUUCAUCUGUUUUAUCAUAAAAUCUGCUUAAAAAGUAGGCUAGGAAGAAAAAAAAAAAUGCAUUUGCUCUGAAAUAACAGUAUGUCACAGUAAAUAUAUCUAUGAAUAGCAGUAUGGAAAAUAAGAUACUCAACCUGACGACAGCCAGGGGGGUCUGUCCGUCAUUCUAUUUGUCUGUCGACCAAAUCAGAUCCUCUCAUCGACCACGGAGAAAGAGGAGUCUAUUGUAGUUACUAGGUGUACAUAGUUUUGCUGCAAGGGUUUCUAGUUUUGGUUUACACUGAGGAAAACUACAUUUAUGUACCAAAUGCAUUGACAUUCUUGGUAUAAAUGUUACAAUUACCAGAAAAGACUUAACUUACAAGAUUUCAGGGUGUCUCUGGUGUCAGUUAGAUGAGAAGACAUCAGGCCCCAGUGAUUUCAUACACAUAAAGACAAGACUUUUUGCAUAAACAUUGUGCAAUACAUAUCAAACACUGAAUAAGUCAUUACAAACCCCUUCUGGAGAGAACAACACUGUUUGAAAACGCAUUUCUUUGCUCAGCACAAGACGGAUGGGCAUCGUGCAUAAUCCAUACUCCAUGCAGAUCUUAAAUGUGUGCAAAUCACUGAUAUUAUCUGGUAUAGUAAUGCAUUCUGACAGAUCCAGGCUGUGAGCUCUAAGCAGGAUUGGGUGUGUGAUGUAAUAGGAUGUAAUGUGCUUGUCUUCUCUUUAAAUCAACAACAGAUAACAAGUAGUUCUGAAGAAUGAAUAAUAAUAGGAUUUCUUCUUUUUUCCCCCCCAGAAGGAUUAAGGUUUAAUACAUGCCAUUAGAGUGCCUGUCACUUCAGUCAGAUUUUGAGAAGAUAACUUUUUGUUUGUUUUCCUCGCGUGUAUGAGGGCAUCACCUGUGAGUAUGGAUUAAAUUGCAUAUGGUUGUAUUGUCAUAAAAACAUUUAUCAUUGUAAAUAGUUGGAGUAUACAGACACAUCGUACUUGCCCUGGCAAUUGCAUUAUAUUUGCAUUUAGUUGCAUGUUUCUUUGUCCCAAUGUAUCAUCUUUUUUUGGCUUGGUAUAAUAACGAUUAAAGGCAUUGGGCCCCAAA